AUGUUGUUGACUCGUUUAUUAACGACAGUGGCUCGUCCUUCUGUCCGAGUUGCACAACGUUAUGCCUCCACUAGUAUCUCUACAAACACUACUCAUGUUUUGGACAAGGCUGUCUUCAUAACUCCUUCUACACAUACUGUCUCUGUAGCUUCAGUAUCUGACUAUGUUUCUCGCCUUCGACCUUUCACUGUACCUGCACCCCCACAGCCUACUAUGACUACACCUACAAAGGCUACUGAAGCACUCGAGUUGACCAGUGUGCUUCGAAAGCGUCGUUUGAAGAUGAACAAGCACAAACACAAAAAAUUGAGAAAGAGAACCCGUGCCUUGAGAAAGAAGUUGGGCAAAUAA